AUGGGAAGCAUAGACGUGUGGGAGCAUAAUUUCGAGGAGCAAUUGGAGUUGAUCGCUGCCAUUCGUCCUUGCUUCCCAAUCGUAGCCCUCGAUACUGAGUUUUCUGGUUUUAUCCAUUGCACCCCUCGCCGCUUCACCGAAGAAGAAAGAUACCGCGACGUGAAGCAUAACGUUGACAAUCUCCAAGUCAUCCAGCUUGGUUUUACCCUUUUUGACGACCACGGCAACCAGCCUAUGCCCGGCCCCGGUGUAUCAUGGCAAAUUAACUUCUCCGAUUAUGACCCAGACGACGAUCCUUCCUUGCCGACGCCCAUUCGGAAAAGCGGCAUCGAUCUCCAGAGAAAUCGACGCGAGGGGGUUUCUUCAUCAGAACGCUGCGCCGCUCUGCUCCGGGAGAAAUUAUUCUGCCAGGGCGGUAAGUUUGUCACGUUCCAUGGCAUGUACGAUGUUGCGUACCUGUUGAAGAUUUUAACCGGCGGAAAGCCGCUGCCGGACACACUGCGAGAAUUUAUGACGGAGGCGUGGAGCAUUUUCGGCGGACGACUCUUCGAUAUCAAGUACAUGGCUCGGUUCUGCCAUGGACUCCUCGGCGGCGAGCUUGGGUUAGAGAAACUUGCAAAUCUGUUGAAGGUGGAGGCCGACGGUGUCGCUCACCAAGCAGGAUUCGAUAGUCUGGUAACUGGAUUAAUUUUCCAUGAGCUGCAUAAAAGGUGGGAGAUCGACGACGAGCAGGUCUCUAUGAUUCUUUAUGGCUUGGAGAGUGCUUGCCAGGAGAUUAAGGCUCCAUCAUCUUUCAAUCCUCUCCUCCGCUCACCGGCUUCAACUGGUAGUGGUGUUAUGGUACCACUGCCGAUGAUGCGCUCACCUUGUCCUUUCCGGUCUCAGCGUGGUGGUGUCUCUGUUCAUCCGCUGGCGACACCUUACAUGAUCAAAUGGUAA